CACCUGAAUCAGUUCAGCUGACUGUAAGAGCCUCCGUGUGAUUUGUCCUACAUACACGAUCUUUGGCUCCACCCAACCAACGUCAUUUAAACGUCAUUGCGAAGCAGUUUUGGAUUCAACACUAACCACAAGUUUGUUUUACGAGUUGCUUUAAUGCACUUAAGCCGAAUCACGCACAGGGAGCUGACGUUAGCGCGGUCGGUGUGAAACAACAAUUGACACUUGCGUUUUGUUGUUGUUAGCGUCGCACACACUGACGUCACCGACGCGUCAUGCGCGACACAGAGCGAAGCGCCAAAGACGAGAGUCUUUGAAUGUGGAGUUCUUUGCGAUGCCAAACAAACUCAAACGGACCAAGACCUGUAAAGACGUGUUGCCCCCGCGCGCCUCCGAGGUGGCGACGUUCAGAGGGGACUCGGCCUCGCUGGCAGCGAAAGACGCGCGUGCGGGCGCUGCCGCUGCGUGCGCCGCCUCAGACAGAAAAGUCGCACCACCCCAAGAGCGGAGAGAGACUUUCUGCGGAAAACACGCACACAUCGCGCCAAUCUUCUUGCGGAAAACACAGCACAGCGAAAGCAAAUGGAGCGGCGACGGGAAGCCGGGUCGGCCGGUGGAGAAGCUUUGGGAACCGGGGCUCCCUCCCCAGGCGGAAGACGUGCAGCGGGUGAAAGGUCAGCGGUGUUUAUCAACAGUCUCCCGGGGAGGCCGGCUGUCGACCUCGGCUCUGGGCAGCUGUCUGGAAGACAUCCAGACGUCCAACCCAGCGUUUCCAGUCAGGACAGUGUUCAGCACUCUGCGGGAGAGAGCGCGAGGAAAGCCGCAGGAUGUUGGACCCACAGCAAUAAAUAUAAGCUCCCCACAGAACCCCUUACAAGAGAAGAGGAAACGAGGGAACGAAAGCUCUGAGAGGGGCCCCAAACGUCUCAGGUCAAGUCUCGUUGUGGAGGAAGCCUUCAGCGUGGGUCCCUGUCUGGUGUCAGCUGUCCAGGAGGAUCCCGUCCUGACGGUCAAGAAGCAGCACUCAAGGAGCAACAAGCUGAGUCGCAGACUGAGGGAGCAAAGUGGGAGCCCAGUAGACCCGGAGCCGCCCAAAACCUCCGGCAUCCCCCAAAGAGAUUCCAGUUUUGAGGACGUCCUCUGGACAGACAAAUACAGUCCUCGGCAUUCAAGUGAAGUCAUCGGCAACUCUGCCUCCGUGAAGAAACUGCAAAUUUGGUUGAAGAAAUGGAAACUAAGAGCCGACCGUGACGAGAGGAGACGAGAAGAAAACAGCAACGAUUCAUGGGACUGUGGAGACUUCCAGGGUGAGGCCGGGCCAGAGGAGGGCCUGUGCAACACCGUGUUGAUCACGGGACCCCCCGGUGUGGGCAAGACCGCCUCGGUGUAUGCCUGCGCUCAGGAGCUUGGAUUCAAGGUAUUUGAGGUGAACUGCUCCUCGCAGCGCAGCGGCCGCCAUGUUCUGUCCCAGCUGAAGGAAGCUACCCAGUCCCACCUGGUGGAGAUGUCGGGGAAGGACCCACUGAAACCCACAUACUUUAACAACUACGCCAUCAACAGCUGCACUCCGAAAUCUGAGACUUUACCUGGCAAAGCCGUGCGUCCCAAAAAUGUCACCUCGACCUCAAAAAAUAGAGCAGCCCAGAAGUUUGGCCACUCGAGUCGCAAAGGGAAACCCCGUCCAGCCGCGGUCACUCUGGCCAACUACUUUAGGGUGAAGGCCAAAGCGGAUCACGUUCACGCCGGCGGUCCGGCGCCGUCCGACAAACUGGACGGCGAGGGAUCGGGCAACCCGUCGCCGGGCUCCGAUCCAGUGGCGCCAAAGAACAGAAAGACGGCCACGUCACUCAUUCUGUUUGAAGAGGUUGAUGUCAUAUUUGAUGACGACGUUGGUUUCCUCGCAGCCGUCAAGACUUUCAUGAUGACCACCAAAAGACCAGUCAUCUUGACCACCAAUGAUCCUUCCUUCAGAGAGAGAUUCAACUGCGGCUUGGAGGAGCUCGUUUUCAAGACCCCGUCGGUGGUGAACGUCUGUAGCUACCUGCAGCUGGUGGGUUUGGCUGAGAGCGUGCGACUGGAGUUCCACGACGUGAGCAGCCUCCUCCGGCUGUCCGGGGGCGACGCCAGGCGCUGCCUGCUGCAGCUGCAGCUCUGGGUGAACGGUGGCGGGGGGCGGUCGUCUCUGAGCGGAGGCUCGCUUGAGGAGGCUACUCGUGUGCGAAUCUACUCGAGUGUUACUGAAAGAGGAGACGAUGAAGACUCCCAACAGCCUCGGUGUGACGCAGCCUGCACUGCCAGCAUGCUGGGUCUCCACCAUGUGACCCAACACCAACUUGUAAACCUUCUAAAGCGUCCGGUCUGGACUGAAAUAGACAUGAACAAGCUCCUGAGGCUCCUAGCUGAGAGCUGGAGAGGAGGCGUUCCUCUUCUGUACUCCAACCUGGAGAUUCUUCUGCCCAUCGAGGGGGCCAAGGGGACUUGUCCCAGUCUGCAGAGGGAGCUGGGACCCUCUGACAGCGAUCCUCACGUCAGCCAGCUGGAGGGAAAUGUCACUGGAAGGGCACCAGCCACCGGAAGGGCACCAGCCACCCACAGCAGAUCUGUUAAGGCAUCUAGACUUGGCAGAAGGAAAUGGAUCCCAGCAACGUUGGACGCCACAUCGUCUUCCAGUGUGACGCAACAUCCUCAAAGAGCGGCCUCAUCGCCACAGAGGGCCGCUAGUUCGAGGGACGAGACGGAAGUGGUGACCGGCGGUUUGGAUGCCUUGACUGACUUCUUUGACCUUGUGUCGUACCUCGAUUCCACAACACCAGCUGCCGUGGCGCCGCUCAUCUCGGGCCCGUUUGUCUGGACAGGAGCUGAGAUUAAGGACGGCUUGUUAGAUGAGAUGCGCGAGGACGUCGAGGAGGAGGUGGGCAGGAUUUUGAGCCAGGAGAGGAUGUUGGAUAUUCAGGCGGCUGUUGAGGGAUUGGGGUGUCACAGGUGCUGUUGGCAGAUGUCGGAGGCGUUGACCGAAGCUCAAAAAAAAUACAGACGGGAGCUGGGAGACACACGGUGGGGAAGGCUGACGGAGGGACUAUCCGCCUCUUCAAAAGGACGGAGCCUCACCUUUAGCGCUCAUCUGCCGUGCGCGCCAGGUGUGUCCAAAAGGAGGUACGAGCUGAGCAGGACCCUUCUUGGCAGUUCGUCCUUCAGCCUGCUGGGGAACAGACGAGCGGUCGGUGUCGACUACAUGCCGGUCCUCCGCCACAUCUGUCGCUUGCAGAGAGCACAGGAUCAGAAAGAGGAGCCAGUCAGGAGUCUGAACUACCUCAGCAGCACACACCUCGGCCUCUCAAAGUCAACUAUUCAACUCCUGGCUGAAGAUUUCUCAUAGAGAACCUCAUGUACUACCUCACCAUACUCCAGUCAGUAUUGUUUAGUGUGCAUUCAUUUAACCUGAAUAUUGUCGCCAUCUAAGUACUGUCAAAUUCAUUUUAUGCAGUUGAGACAAGAAAUGUUUCAUUUACGUGUAUGUUUUUUUUUUUUUAAU